AUGGCCCCCCUCGAAAACGGCCACUCGAAUGGCUCGAACACCGAAACAAUGCCUCCUCCAAGCUCCAUGGAUAACCUGCGCUUCGCCGAUAUCCCCGAUGCCAUCGAUAUCCCCGCCUCUAGCUUCGACAGCGAAGUCGAAGUCAGCCUCCUUGAUCUUCCGGAAGACCCUACUGAGCUAUGCACACUGCUGGAAAACGAACGAGCUGCAAAGAACUUCUGGGUAAUCAUUGCGCUUGCCUAUGCGAAGCGAAAGCAACUUGAUCAUGCCCUCGAUAUUCUCAACAAAGGCUUGGCUUCCGUAGCCCACGGAGGGACCAAGGAAAAGCUCGGGCUCCUGGGCUGGGUCUGCUGGCUGCUGAUGCUUAAAAGCCGACAAGCACCUCGUGUGGCUCCGGAGGGAGAACUUUACUCACAAGCCAAAACGAAAGACCAUUACCUGCAGUUGGCGACAUCAACGCUGAACGAGGCCUCCCGUUUGAAUCCAGCAUACCCACCUUUGUUCCUCGCUCGCGGUGUCCUCUGUCUUCUCCGUGCAUCCUUGUACCCCCCUCGUGCUGUCCGCCCCGGUGCAAUUGACACCUCCGAGAGAGUAGAAACCCUCCGUCAGGCGCUGAAAUGCUUCGACGAAUCAUCCAAGGCCUUUGGCGGUCGCAAUAUUAUGGCGAUUUUAGGACGUGCUCGGGCACACUACAUGCUAGGAAGAUACGCUGAAGCCCUGGAUGGAUACCAGAAAGUCCUCAUGAAGGUUCCAAAUCUCACAGAUCCAGAUCCUCGCAUCGGUUUGGGAUGUUGUUUAUGGCAGCUAGGAUUCAAAGAUCAAGCUAAGUUAGCGUGGGAAAGAGCAUUGGCUCUGAACCCCGAAUCUAAGGUCGCAAAUAUCCUGCUUGCAGUUUAUUAUCUCCACGACAGCUCUCGCCGAUCCACCACUGACCCGAUGUUCGGUUCCUUGUACAAGGUCGCCAUGACCCAGUACACCCAAAAAGCUUUCAAGCUUGACAAAGAAUACCCAAUGACCUGCGCUUUGUUUGGCGGCUACUUCCUUCUGCGCAAACAAUACCCGACUGUGGAAACUCUUGCUCGCAAGGCUAUCGAGCAGACGGAUGUCAUGUCCAUUGCCAGUGACGGCUGGUAUCUCCUUGGACGCAAAUCUCACUACGAGAACGACAACACACGAGCCACCGAGUACUACAACCGCUCCGAUCAGGCCCGUGGAGGUGGUGAUAAGGGCUACCUGCCGGCCAAGUUCGGUGCGGUGCAGAUGCAAGUCACCAACAAGGACUUUGAUGGUGCCAAAUUCCGCUUGGAGAAGAUUGUUCAACAAUCGAAGAAUGCAGAGGCUAUGACACUUCUUGCAGCGAUACAUGCGGAAGAGGUGUUUUCAGCUCAAAAGUCAGGCAGCAAGGAGGACAAAUCGACCGAGGCCAAGCGGGCAAUCACUCUUUUGGAGUCUGUGCGAUCAAUGUGGAAGGACGAGAAACAAAACUUGACCCCAGACGAAUCGGUUCUGGUCUAUCUUUCUCGACUUUAUGAGGGUAUUGCCCCCGAAAAGAGCAUGCAAUGUCUUGUUCAGCUAGAGCAACUUCAGCUUGCCAGUAUUCCCGAGAGUGCUCGUCCGGAGGGAAUUGAUAAUGAGGAAGAUAUGAAGAAUGCUCUCCGCAACUAUCUCCCUCCCCAGCUUCUCAAUAACAUGGGUGCCUUUUUGUAUCAGAACGAGAAGAUUGCAUUGGCCCGGGGUAUGUUCCAGUCAGCGCUCAACGCCUGCGUCCAAUCACAAGAGAGAGAAGACAAGGCCGACAACGAUGCGCUUGUUACUACUAUCAGCUACAACUUGGGUCGGACUUACGAGGCGGCCGACAUGUGGGAUGAAGCGAAGAAGGUCUACGAGGGUCUUUUGGAGCGACACAGCGAUUACACAGAAGCUAGUGCUCGACUGACUUACAUCAGCUUGCGCCAGAGUCCCACGGAUGAAGGUCCCAAGAAGAUGGCUAAGCUGUACGAAGUUGAAUCUUCGAACCUGGAGGUUCGCGCGCUCUUCGGGUGGUAUCUCAGCAAAUCCAAGAAGCGGGUUGCCAAUCUUGCCGAGGAUCACGAGCAACGCCACUACAAGCACACUCUGCAGUACCACGAUAAGCAUGACCGAUACGCUUUAACUGGCAUGGGUAAUGUACAUCUUCUUUCCGCUCGCGACAUGCGUCGCGACACUGAGCAGGAGAAGGAGAAACGGCGGAAGGUGUACCAGCGUGCUGUGGAGUUCUUCGAUAAGGCUCUUCAACUAGAUCCGAAGAACGCGUAUGCCGCUCAAGGUAUUGCCAUUGCUCUUGUCGAUGACAAGAAGGAUUACAGCACUGCGGUGCAGAUUCUUUCAAAGAUUCGAGAGACCAUAAAGGACCCCAGCGUCUAUCUCAACCUGGGACAUGUCUACGCCGAGCUCCGACAGUACUCACGCUCAAUUGAGCAUUACGAAACCGCUCUUUCCAAGGACCGCUCUCGUGACGUGCAGAUUCUCGCCUGUCUUGGUAGAGUUUGGUGGUUGAAGGGCAAACAGGAGAUGAACCUUGCGUCUAUGAAGACUGCUCUUGAAUACGCCCAACGGGCACAAAGCGUCUCCCCCGACCAGCUUCAUUUACAGUUUAACGUGGCGUUUGUGCAGAACCAAAUUGCCUCAUUGGCUUACAGCCUCCAGGCCACUCAAAAGACCCUGCAGGAUGUACAGGAGGCAGCCGAUGGCCUUAGGGAGGCUAUCGAGACCUUUGAGCGUCUCUCCAAGGAGAAGAACCCGCCUUAUCCCAGCGUCGCUUUGGAGCAACGUGCAGCCAUGGGUGGCACUAUCAGCAAGCAGCUCGACCGUGCCAUGCAAAGCCAGAAGGAGUACGAGGAGAAGAAUGCGGCGAAGCUUCAGCAGGCUCGCGAGGCCCGUGAAGCCGCAGCCAAGGAGCGCGAGGCGCAACUCAAGAAAGCCCAGGAGAUUGAGGCUGAGCGUAAGCGCAGGAUCGCCGAAGAGCGCCAGGGGAUGGUUGAAGAGGUUGAACGACAGGCAAUUCUACGCGCUGAAGCAGAACGUGCCCGUGAGGAGGCCGAGCUCACAGACGAUUCGGCGACUGGCGAGAAGGUCAAGCGCAAGAAGAAGCCCGCUGCGAAGCGCAAGAAGAAGGGUGGUGAUGACUUCAUCGCUGAUGAUGAGAAUGAUGCUGAGCGCAGCGGUGCGGAGGGCGAGAGUGAGGGCGAGAAUGCAGCCCCUAAGAAGCGCCGCCGAUUGGAACGUCGCUCCGGUGCUAAGGCCCAGAGUAGCAAGGCCCAAAGCAAGUUCAAGAGCAAUGAGAGGGUGGAAGACUCGGAUGAUGAGGAACAAGGAGAUGCACCGGCUAGUCCUGAAGAACAAGAAGAUCUCUUCGGUGAUGAUGACGAGCCCAUGCAAGAUGAGAAGGUCGCAGCACCUCGUCGCCGCGACAGGGUCUCUCGCCGCAUCGCCGAUGACGAUGACGAGGAGGAGGCGGAAGUGGAGAAGCCUAUAGACGAUGAUAACGAGGAGCUGUUUGGAGAUGAGCCCUCUAAGCCGGCCGAAGACGAGGAGAUGGAGGACUGA